AUGAGCAAACUAGCACCCGUCAUUGCUCUUUCUCAUGGUGGAGGUCCCAUGCCCCUCCUAAGCGACCCGAGCCACCGCUUCAUCGUCCAGUCCCUCCAAGAGCGGGUUCCCAAGAUCCUAUCCCUGCACGGGACGGACCGACCGCGGGCCAUCCUCCUCGUGACGGCGCACUGGACUACGGCGUCGCCCACCGUCACGAGCGGCCGCAAUCCGGACCUGAUCUAUGACUACUACGGCUUCCCGCCCGAGUCGUACGAGAUCGAGUACCCGGCCCGCGGAGAGCCCGAGGUGGCGGCCGAGGUGGCGGCGGCCAUGCAGGCCGAGGGGCUGGAGGGCGUGCGGCAGGACGCGGACCGGGGGUGGGACCACGGGGUGUUCGUGCCGCUGAAGCUGGUGGAGCCAGACGCCGGGUCGAUUCCGCCCAUCGUGCAGGUGUCAGUCCUGGCGGGCGAGGACCCGGUCCUGCACCUCCGCAUGGGGAGGGCGCUCCGCGGCCUGAGGGCACGGGGCGUGGCCGUCGUCGGGUCCGGCUUCGCGUCCUUCCACAACCUGAGGCUCAUGAUGAGCGCCAUGGCGUCGUCCUCCCCGGACCCGGACCUGCUCGAGACGUCCCGCCGAUGGAACGAGGCGGUCACGGCCGCCGUGUCGCUGCCGCGCGAGCCUGACAGGUGGGACGCCCUCGCCCGAUGGAGGGACAUGCCCGGCGGCAAGGUGAUGCACCCGCCCCGUCGGGGGGAACACUUCCUCCCCCUCCUCGUCUGCGCCGGCGCGGCCAGCGACGGCGAGCAGGCUGGUUUCUACAAGGAUCUGUUUGCGGGCUUCGAGAUAUAUACGUAUUAUUGGGCCGAUGUCGAUGUUUGA